GCGUGGCUUGCUCUGGUUGUCAUGUGAGUGCCCGGUCACAUGACCGCUGCACUGGCAGCUACUGGAGGCGCUGCAAAGAUGGGGCUCCCCUUGGGUUUGGGGUUCUUGGUUGGGGCAGCGGUCGUGUGGGGAGCUACGGCUACAUGCGGCUACCAGUCCUGCCCAGUGACAAAACCUGACAUGCUCAAUGUUCACCUUAUCCCCCACACACAUGAUGAUGUAGGCUGGCUCAAGACUGUGGAUCAGUAUUUCUUUGGAGUCCGCAAUGACAUCCAGCAUGCUGGGGUGCAAUACAUCUUGGAUUCUGUCAUCCCACAGCUACUGGCAGACCCCAGCAAGCGUUUUAUCUAUGUGGAGGUGGCAUUCUUUGCCCGCUGGUGGGGGCUGCAGACUGAAGACAUGCGCCAGGCUGUGCAGCAGCUUGUUGCUGCGGGGCGCCUGGAAUUUGUGAAUGGCGGUUGGUGCAUGAAUGAUGAAGCAGCCGUACACUACAGUGCAGUCAUUGAUCAGAUGAGUCUUGGGCUCCAUUUCCUGCGAGAGACGUUUGGUGACUGUGGCCGGCCCCGUGUGGCCUGGCACAUUGAUCCUUUUGGGCACAGCCGUGAACAGGCCUCGCUGUUUGCACAGAUGGGUUAUGAUGGUUUCUUCGUGGGCCGCAUUGACUACCAGGACAAGGCCCAACGUGAGGCCUUACGUGAGAUGGAGCAGCUGUGGCGUGCGAGCGGAAGCCUGGAUCCUCCUGUUGCAGAUCUCUUCACAGGUGUCCUACCAAAUGGUUACAACCCUCCCGUGUCUCUCUGCUGGGAUCAGAUCUGCUCUGACAACCCCAUUGUGGAUGAUGACAGUGAUGAGAACAACGUGGAGAGUCUAGUGGCCUAUUUCCUGGGGACUGCAGCUGCUCAGGCAAAACACUAUCGCACCAACCACAUUGUUAUGACGAUGGGAUCUGAUUUCCAGUAUGAGAAUGCCCUCCUAUGGUACAAGAACAUGGACAAGCUGAUCAAGCAUGUCAAUGCACAGCAAUUGUCUGGGAGUCGCAUCAAUGUCCUGUAUUCUACCCCAAGCUGCUACCUGUGGGAGUUAAACAAGGCCAACAUAUCAUGGUCUGUGAAAUAUGAUGACUUCUUCCCGUAUGCUGAUGGCCCUCACCAAUUCUGGACAGGCUACUUCACCAGCCGUCCAGCUUUGAAACGCUAUGAGCGGCUCAGCAACAACUUCCUGCAGGUCUGCAACCAGCUGGAAGUGCUAGCUGGCACACAAGCAAAUACAGGGCCUUACGGCGAUGCCAACAGUUCUGUGCUGCGUCAGGCCAUGGGAGUUGCUCAGCACCACGAUGCAGUGAGUGGCACAGCAAAGCAGCACGUGACCAAUGACUACGCCAAACAGUUGUCUAUUGGCUGGGAUGCCUGUCAGAUUGUGGUCAGCAAUGCCCUUGCCAGUAUUGUUGGAAGCAAAGAAAACUUCAUCUAUUGCACGUACCUAAACAUCAGUGUCUGCCCACUGACUGAAAUUGCCCAAACUUUCAUGGUGAUUGUCUACAACCCUCUGGCACGCCCUGUGGACUGGAACAUCCGGCUGCCAGUGAAUGGAAGCCAUUACUCAGUUUCAGCUCCAGGUGGUCAGGCUGUUAUGAAUGAGGUGAUUCCUGUAUCAAGUUUCACCCGUGCUGUGCGGCGUGAUCGGGGUGAUGCUGUCAAUGAACUGGUAUUCCAGGCAUCUGCCCCACCACUGGGCUACAUCACCUAUUCCAUCUCCAGACUGCCUGGGAGGGACCCAGCACACUCCAAACUGCUGCAGAGGUUGCAGCAUCAGCCUGGGACAGAGCAUCUUUCUUGGGCAAUCCAGAAUGAGCAUCUACGAGUUCUGUUUGACUCUAGAACAGGACUCCUGAAGGAAAUACAGAGCCUGGACAAGAACAUCUCCUUACCAGUAUCUCAGAACUUUUUCUGGUACAAUGCCAGCAUUGGGAAUCUGGACAGUUCCCAGGCCUCCGGAGCCUAUAUUUUCCGUCCCAACAACUUUGAGCCCUUCCCCAUUGCCCAGGGAGCCAAGCUGUACCAUGUGAAGACCCAGGUGGUAGAGGAGCUGUACCAGAACUUCUCUGAUUGGUGCUCUCAGGUGGUGCGACUUUAUGCUGGACAGCCGUAUGUUGAGCUGGAGUGGACGGUAGGACCCAUUCCUAUCAGAGAUGGUCUCGGCAAGGAGGUCAUCAGCCGCUUUGAAACAAACCUGCAGACUGCUGGGCGUUUCUACACAGACUCCAAUGGGCGUGAGAUCCUGGAGAGAAGGCGUAAUUACAGGGCCACGUGGAACCUGAGCCAGACUGAGCCCGUGGCCGGCAACUACUAUCCUGUGAACAGCCGCGUCUACAUCAAGGACCAGAAAGUCCAGCUAACGGUUCUCACAGACCGCUCACAGGGAGGCAGCAGUGUGUUUGAUGGCUCUCUUGAGCUCAUGGUACAUCGGCGGCUGCUGCGGGAUGAUAGUCGGGGUGUAGGAGAGCCUCUACUGGAACCUGGCGAUUACCACGAUGGCCUAGUGGUGCGGGGUCGCCACCUCAUCCUCUUAGACACAGCAGAGUCAUCAGCUGAGCAACACCGACUAUGGGCCCAGCAAGAGUUUAUGGCGCCACAGCUGGUGCUGGCACCUGGUGGGGGGCCUCCAUACCAGCCUGGCCAGGACAACCUGAAGGAGUUCUCUGCUCUCCACCAUGCCCUCCCUUCCAAUAUCCACUUGCUCACAUUGGCCCAAUGGGAACCUGACUCCAUUCUCAUCCGUCUAGAGCACCAAUUUGAACGUGGAGAGAGUGUCAAUGGCUCCAUGCCUGCUGUUGUUAACUUGCUGAACUUGUUCUCAUCUUUCAACAUCAUCGCUGUGCAAGAGAUGAACUUGGCUGCUAACCAGAAGCGGGAGGACAUGAGCAGACUGGUCUGGCAGCCAGCAGAAGGAGCAGCAAGACAACGUUCAGGCAGUAGCCUGGACCCAGCACACAUCACGCUACAGCCCAUGGAGAUCCGGACCUUCCUGGCUCACAUUCAGCACAAAAGGCCCAGGCGAGAGGGCUGAAGCAAAGGAAUUAAUAUUUAACCGAUUAUUCCAGCAAUGGCAGGACACUGGAGCUUUCUCUGCAGGGCCUUUUCGCUGUGGAUGAAGUGAUUCCUUUCUGAGCCAAGAUACUCUCAUGCCUUGUGGAGAGAGGAUUCUUUUAGGCUGCUUAAAGCCUCUAAUUAAGGGUUCUGUGAACUUCUGUAAUGCUUCUUUUGGUGAAUAAUGGAUCACUGUAAAAUGCCCUUUUACUCUUCUUUAAUCACACCAAAAAACAAACAUUGUGACCAUUUUCAGGGGAGGGGGUGGAGUACUUGGGCUACCAGAAUUACAGUCAUUAUCUUUUCAAUAAACUGCUUCUUAAAAACA